AUGGAGGAUAAAGAUAAGAAGCGAGGCGUGUUUGAGUCUACUAUGUAUGUGGGUAAUUUGAAACUGUACUGGCUCUCAGGAAAAGUCGAAUCACCUACUCUGAAAAGUCGAUGCAAUGUCUGCAAGACGAGCUCAUUGAUUCCUCUUCGUUCAAGCAGGAUCUCGCCUAUAAAGAAGGAAAAGGAAAAGUGCAAACCUUUGUGGGCCGGCUUGUAA